AUGCCUGCAAAGUUAUCAACAAUCUGUUAUGUACAUACAUGUACUGAUCGAUUGACCCAAGAAUUCACAGUAAAAGAAAUUACCUGUAUUGUAAGACUAAGUAACGAUGACCCCACAAAAAUCAUGUACUUAAAAGUAAAAGCCUUCGUCCCCUUGAACGAAACCAGCAACCAUUACAUUGAAUCCUUUGGACCUGGUGAUGUUAUAUUUUUAAAAGGAAAAUUCGUAGGAAGUGAAAAUUUUUACAUAGUCACCGCAACUUCUAUCAAAGUCAUAAACUUUGAAUUUGAUGAUAUGCCUGUAUUAGGCAUAAACUCGGUCAUCGUUGGUAUCACCAACCAGACGGUCAAAAACAUCGAAAAUGACUUAAUUCUUGAGUUCUACGUCGAGGAAAAAGUCGGAGACCGCGAACCACCUAGCUUCUGGGUUGAAGCUAGGCAUAAUAUUAACAAUAAAUAUCUCUCCAAUAAAACAAACGCAAUAAACCAAAAUUCCCGUUCAACCACCGCAAUCCUUAUUGGUACCAUUACCUACGAAAUAUCUACAGGAAAGCAUGUAAUCAUCUUGGAAGACAUUUCCUUAAUCACCUCAAAUCGCAAUGAUUCAUCCGCCCAAUCAAUUACUCCGCCAUGGCUAUCCCAAUCAAGUAUCCCAGGCUAUGCAAGAGCGAAUCGUCAGCCACGGGGUGCCGCUCCGAAGACUCCAAAAAAAGGACGCAAUACCUUGUCUAAUAUGGAUCCAACGUUUGUCCCUCAAACCCUCUCCACAGCUUUAGAAACCAACCCCAUUCCAAACAUGUCUACUCAACAAACACCUCAAACACCUCAAACACCUCAAACUUCUCAAACUUCUCAAAAUCCUGGAGACGAAGGCUCACAAAACUAA